AUGCUGCGACAAGCACAACUCCUGUCGACGUCCAAGAGACUCUUCUCGAGCACUACCCAACCACUUCGACCCUUCCGACCAGCUCCUCUGAAGUCUUCUACGCGACAAUUCCUUUCCCCACGGCUGUCAAUUGCUUCCCAGAUUGCGCCCUUCUCUUCAACCGCGCAAAGGAAGAUCCUACCGCCCGGUCCGCAGGUCAUCCAAGGAGGAGUCAAUGACCCUGCACCUGUACCGAAGCCGGAUCCUCUCCAUGGAAGCUAUCACUGGACCUUUGAACGAAUACUGUCGGUGGGCUUGGUUCCCUUGACCAUUACACCUUUUGCUGCUGGUUCGGUCAGUCCGAUGCUGGAUGCGGCUUUGAUCUUUACCAUUUUGAUCCACUCACACGCGGGUUUCCAAUCAAUGAUCAUUGAUUACAUUCCAAUCCGUCGUCAUCCGACCAUGCGGCGAACUUUCAUGUGGUUAUUGAACGUGGCUACGCUUGUUGUUGCGGUGGGAUUCUACGAAUUUGAGACGAACGAUGUUGGUGUGGUCGAGGCAAUGAAAAGAAUAUGGCGUGCAGGUGCGAAUGAUGCCACGAUUGGCAAUGCUGAUACAUCGAGCUUGGGUCAUGAUGGAAAGCUCAAGAAUCUGAAAUAA